AUACGAGCAAUAUUUAAUUCAUUUAUAAAUCUCACUAUUUAACAGGAGUCCCACUGUCCCAGUCAAAACCCUUGAUCCGCUUCACAAACCCCAAUAUAAUUCCCCAUGGCGGACCAAAUCGCCGCCGAUCCGAUCUCCGAUUACGACGGCCUCGUCGUCCCGCCGCUCGGCGACUCUUUCUUCUCCGACGACAUCAACAACUCCCUUCUCUUCCUCAACGAAAGCGACGACGUUUUAAACUUUGACUUCACAUUCGAUGAUAUUGUUAAUCUCUCUAACGAUACCUCUAAUUUUCGUGAUUCCAGCUUGCCUGAUUCUAUCCCGGUAAAUGUUUCUUCCGAUCCGGAUGAUUCCGGGUCGAAUACUGAGUCGCCCGAGUUGACUCACCUCUCUGAUGAUCCUAAUUUUAAUGUGGCUGGGUAUUUUAAUGCUGAUGGUGAUAAAUCUGGGGAUAAUUCGUCGGCGUCUGUUCCGAAAUGUUCGGAUUGUUUGUCGGUUGAGGUGGUUAGGGUUUGUGAUGAUGCGAGUCAGGUGAAUGUUUCGUCUUCGGAUUCUCGUGAUUCGUCGAAUGAGUGUGAGAAUAAGGAUGUGAAUGGUGGUGGUGAUUCGAAGGUUGAGGCUCUGAAGAUGGAGUUUUCGGGACCGACGUCCUCUCAGGGUUCGGAUAACUGUGAACGUUCGGUUGGCUCGUCGAUGAAAUUAGAUAAGAAUUUGGUGAGUGAUGUGGUUGAUUGGAAGGUUAAGUUGGAGGAGCCAGGGAAGAAUGGCCAGUUGUUAAAGAGGAAGAAGGAGGAUCAGGAUGUUAAUUCCGACUCGACUAGGACUAUUAAGUAUAGGAGAUCAGCUAAUGCUGGUGCUGCUGCUGUUACUACUGAUGAAUCGAAUGUUAUUAGUGAAACGAAUGAUGACGACGAAAAGAGGAAGACGAGGCUGAUGAGGAACCGGGAAAGUGCUCAGCUUUCAAGACAGAGAAAAAAGCAUUAUGUCGAGGAGUUAGAGGAUAAGGUAAGGGCAAUGCAUUCUACGAUACAGGAUUUGAAUGCUAAGAUUUCGUAUAUUGUUGCAGAAAAUGCUACUUUGAGGCAGCAGCAAAUGAAUGGUGGUGGCGGUGUGGGUGUAGGUCCUCCUCCGAUGCAGGGGAUGUAUCCGCAUCCACCAAUGGCUCCCAUGGGUUAUCCGUGGAUGCCGUGCCCUCCUUACAUGAUGAAGCCGCAGGGAUCACAAGUGCCUUUAGUUCCUAUUCCGAGGUUGAAACCUCAACAAUCGGCAGUCAAGCCUGUUAAGAAAGAGGGUAGUAAGAAAAAUGUAGGUAAAAGUAAGACUAAGAAGGUUGCAAGUGUUAGCUUUCUUGGUAUAUUGUUUUUUAUGUUGUUGUUUGGAGGAUUAGUUCCUAUGGUAAGUGUAAAAUAUGGAGGGAUUCGAGAUGCAAUUUCUGGUGGUUCUGGAUAUAUUAGGAACAUAAUUUAUGAUCAGCGUCAUGAGAGGAUCUUGAUGGUCAAUGGAACUAAUCAUGAAUAUGGAGCUAAAGGUUCAGAUAAUAAAUAUGAUGCUUGGAAGGAUCAUGUUGGAGGAACAGAGUCAAAUAUAAAGCAGUCCGGUUCUGAUGAGUUUGCUAGUUCAGGAAAUGCUAGUGACCCUCUUGUUGCCUCUUUGUAUGUUCCAAGAAAUGACAAGCUUGUGAAGAUUGAUGGAAAUUUGAUAAUUCAUUCUGUUCUAGCUAGUGAAAAAGCCAAGGCAUCUCAUGAUGAUGUAAAGGCAAAGAGUGACAGGGAGACCAGCUUGGCAUUGGCACUGCAUUUGACCCCUCCUGUAUCUGUUCAAGGAGCAGGGAAAGAUGAUGAAAGACAGUCUCAUAUAUACCGCAGUACAAUCGAACAACAAAGGGCUCUUGCCUCGGGUUCUGGCGGUAAGGAUAAUUUGAAGUCAACACCAGCCAAUGGUAAAUUACAACAAUGGUUCCGCGAAGGUCUUGCAGGGCCAAUGCUAAGUUCGGGCAUGUGCACGGAAGUAUUCCAGUUUGAUGUAUCGCCGUCCCCAGGAGCCAUAGUACCAGCGACUCCAGGCAGUAGAAACAUAUCAGAGGAAGAAAGGAAAAACUCUACACACCUCAUUAAAGGAAGGAACAGACGGAUUCUUCAUGGUCUUUCUGUUCCUCUUACCGGAUCUGCCAAUAACAUCAGCAAAGAAAACAACAGGAGUAAAACACAGAAAGAAAAGUUCCACAGUAAUAGUUCAGUUUCUCCUAUGAUUGUUUCCGUUCUUGUUGAUCCAAGAGAGGUCGGUGAUGCUGAUGUUGAUGGUACUAUUGGGACAAAGUCCAUCUCUAGGAUAUUUGUUGUUGUGCUGUUGGACAGUGUUAAGUAUGUUACCUACUCGUGCAUGCUCCCCUUCAAAGGGUCUAGUCAUCUAGUGACAGCUUGAGCAAGACGGAAAAGAGUUCUGUUAGCUGCUUAUUAUAGUCUUAUACAGAGUAAACUUAUGGCUGGACCAGAACCCAGUUUUGUAGAUAGAGAUCUAUCAAUAAUGGUCCUUGUAACUUUUAUGGUGUCUUCAUAUACAUUUUGGAGAUUGUAUAAUUGUUACUGAUGUAUUCCCUGAGGUGGCUAAGUUAACUAAUUGGAAAAGUUUACCUAUCCAUUUCCAUAGA